ACUUGGAUAUUGAGUUGCAUUACCAAUGGCCGCAAGCUGUGUGCGAGCUGACAAAUAUUCACUUUUCACCUAAUUCAUAUUCUUCGCUUUAAAGAAAAAAUUAUUAACGAGAGCUGUGACUUCAUUUGCCUGUAGAGGAGUAGAAAGAGCUUAGAUUUUUACGUCAGAAACCUUUGGAAUAAUUGACUACGUUUUGGCAACAUGCGUUUAACGAAGAGGGAGCAGGCCGAACUUCUUUUUGAAGAGUUUUUAAAGAUAUCAGAGAUAAGAAAAGCAAAGGAAAGUGCAGUUUGGACAGGAGAUUCAGAAAUUGUUGCUCACAAGAAUAAAUGGCAAGGCAGCAAUGCUGUGUCAGAUGGUAAUAAACGGUAUUCAGGAACAUUUCAAAGGGAGAGCCACACACUACAAGCACGAAUGCUCCCAUCAGAGAAUGUGGUUAUGGCUGAAACUGGAUAUAGUUCUAGAUUACAACUCAUUGGUGAUGAUGUGGCUAGCGUUACCUCAGGAACAGACUCACUGAAUGAAUGGACUGCCCAGGGAAGUAACAAUGCAGUGCAACCAAAUGAACAAGACAUCCACAACACAGCUAACAAUAUUGCAAUGGCAGGUGAUGAACUCAAUGAUGAGUAUAAAUGCCAAAUACAGAGUGCAACAGAUGGGAUGAUUAAGAAAGUUAAAGACAAGGGCUCAAACUUAUCAUAUGAAGUGUUCCGUGCAGUGGUAGAUGAGGUCAUUUCGCAGGAUCAAGAUAUGGCCUCCUUUGUAUUUGUUUUGCACCUGUUCAGCAAUGUUUUAUCAACAAUGCAACAGUUGUCUCAGGUUUAUCCAAGGAUGUAUAUUGGUGAAAAGUAUGCAGAUGAAGCUGCUGCAUGCAUAGAGGGAAACAGCUGAAGAUGAUGAUAAAAGGAAAGCAGAAUCGUUUAUAUGUAGUUUUCAUAUUGGUAGGAUUUAGUAAUUAUUGACACUAGGGUAGGCUGUGGUCCUUAACUGCAUAUUUGGAUCAAACUAUCAAUAGAGCCAUCAAAUGUAGGUUUCUUACAUACCUAUUACGUAUUAUUGAUGUUGACUGCUUGUAAUCCAAUAAUCCUUAUUAAGCCUUCCUCUCAAAUAAGCCCCCCUGUCAAAUUGGCCCCCAGACAAUAUUCAGUUUAGAAAAUUCCCCUACCCUGAGUAAACCCCCUAUCAGAUUCUGCCGAAACGCUGUCAGAUUCUGCAGAAACAACUAAGAGAUUACAAUUUUGUAUAGUAUUUUUGUGUAAGGGUACCUAUUUGUAGUUUUAUUUUGUCUUCAUCAAGUCAUUGCAAAAUUUUUGUAAGUAAGGCAAUUCAACCAAUUUGCAAGAUGAUUUUGUUCACAGGCAACUCAACUACACAAGCUGCAUUCCUCAUAUGCAUAUGAUGAAUCAGGCAACAGUUAACAGAUUUGCUCCACUGUGUUCCAUUUGUAGGAAGGCAAAUUACAAAUGUCAUUCUUUAACAUUAUGCUUAUUUGAUUUUAUUAAGAAUCACCUUGGUGUGUUGGGGGGAGGGGGUGUGGAGGGGGGGGGUUGCAGGAUCUGAAUAUGGAUAUGAAUAUGGAUGUCAGGAUAUGAAUAAGUUUUGCGUGUUUUGUGUUUCCAUUUUAAUAAUUAUUUUAUCUUUGAUGACCACAAUAAUUUUUUCUUGGCUGCACAAUCAACUCUGGAAGAUGGAGUUUUGUGUUUCAAAUAUUGUAAUAAAAACGUGAAAAAUACUUGCUUCAUAUGACUUGCUUCUUAAUAACCUGAAGUAUGGAAAUCUUGUAUAAAGAUUUUAAAAAGCAUAGACUUAUGGCUUAAAAGACUGAUAGUUUUGUAAUUUUCUGUUUG